UUACAAUAACACAAAAUUAUCAUUCGUAUCGAACGAAGCUUAACACAAUAAUAUAACGUAAUAAAUUAGCAAAAAAAAAAUUAAUACAGAAUAAAUUUAAAAUUGGCGCCAUAAUAAGGCGAACAAUUUUUUGGGGAAUUCCGUGAAGAGGAAGAAGAAACUGUGCGCGUUAAUAUCGGCUAACUUCAAGCCGGUGAACUUAAACAGCAACAUGGCGCAGUGGUAGUGUUUCACAAGACGCGUGCAAAAUGUGCUAUAAUUCCAAAAACUGAAGCAAUUGUUUAGUUUUUUCAGUUGCGCGUAGUGUGUACAGAAGUUAUGUCAUCGUUGCAAUACGUCGUUCACCCCUUACCGGGGUCCGAAGACCAAUUUAACGAUAGAUUAAAAGAAGUAGCCGAUCGAAUAAAUCGUCAGGGUCACACAUCACAUCCGGUGUGGUCAAAUCUACGUACGCCCGUGAAACGUAUAGCCUUGGGCCCCCAGCACAUAGCUUUACUUCUCGAAGACGGUCGCGUGUGUAGGACUUCAUAUAGUGUCAUAUCCGAUAGGUUAGAUUUGACAAAAAAUGAUCAAAAUAAGAAUUCUUAUAGUACCAUUAAUGGUGGAACUGGUGGCGGUGCUGGAAGCGGCGGUGGUAACGGUUCUGGUGGAUCAGGUGGCACCAAACCUGCUGGAAGGCAAAUUCGGACAAGAGCAAGGUGUAUGAGAUCGAAUACUGCCAUUCGUGGUGGUAAUAAUAGUGGUCGAGGGGCUCCAGUAAUUAUAGGUACUGGAGGAUCUAGUAGUGGUAGACCCAUUGUAACUGUUCCGGCACCAUAUGUACCGGAAGAAUUGGUAUCUCAAGCGCAAGUUGUUUUACAAGGAAAAAGUAGAAAUUUAAUAAUUAGGGAACUUCAGCGCACGAAUUUGGAUGUUAACCUAGCUGUUAACAAUUUACUAUCAAGGGACGAUGAAGAAGGUGAAGAAGGAGAUGAUGCAGCUGAUUCAUACGUUCCAGAUGACCUUAUCUCACUGUUGGACGGUGGUUUUCAUACAGACCACUCGGUUAUUAUUGAUGCGGACGCAAUGUUUUCUGAAGAUAUGUUUGGGUACACUGGAAUUCGCAACUUCUUGAAUAGCCGUGGCGGUGGCAGCAGUCGCAGCCGACUCAACGACCGGGACGCCCCCCAAUGUAACAACUCGGGAAUGGAUAGAGAUCGUGACAGGGAUAGUUUUUUGAGGUGGAGGGAUCGACAGUAUUUUGGGCCGCGCCGAUGGCUUGAAACCGCUUUAAGGGAUAAUGCUUAUGAAAAAGACUCUGAGAGCAAGAAAAAAGAUGGAGCUAGUCCUCUUUGGAUUUCAGAUGAAUUGGAAUAUUGGCCAGAUACAGCUGGAAGGUUUACACAAAUUGCCACAUUAUUUAGUGAGUUGAUUGCUUUAUCAACUACUGGACAUAUUUAUCAGUGGCGUUGGAAUGAUCCAGAACCUUAUAAACAUCCAGACAAUCCAAAUAUACACCAUCCAAAAACAAUUUCACUUGGAUUAUCAGGCGAAAAGAUUGUACAUAUAUCGGCGAGUUCAACGCGGUGUUCUUUAGCGACUGAAUCUGGGAAAGUAGCAACAUUUGUAGAUGAUACCCUUACAGCUGCAUCUGCGAAACUUGAAAGUCCAGCCCAAGCCUAUUCCGAAUUCCAAACGGAUAAAAUUGUUGCUUUGCAUACAUGUCCAUUGUAUACAGUGGCUAAACUAGAAAGUGGUUCUUUGUAUUGGUGGGGAGUAUUACCCUUUCCCCAGAGGAAACGAUUAUGGGAAAAAUACAGAGCGAAAUUCAGAAAACAGCGAGCGAAUCAAUGUGAUUUAGUAAGCGGCGCACAAGUCUGCAUGAAAAAUAGUCCUAUGUAUCAAGCUGGAGCCUUAGGUUUUACCGUUAUGGCUGGUGUUCCUAAAGUAGGGCAACUUCAAAAUGCCGCUUGGUCUUUAACAGACACUUGUUCAUUUAAAAUCGUCACAGCACAACCUAUUUCUGAUCGAGUUAGAGAUUCAACGCCUGGAACAAGCGGCUCCUCUUCUACUAAAAACACAAAUAAAGAAACUGCUGAUCGAUUGGAUAUGCCACCACCUCCUUCUCCAGCUUCAAGUACUUGCAGUGAUACAGGAAGCAUAUCAAACAGCCAUAAACGUCAAAAGAGAAUGACAGUUUCCGGGUCAGAUCAGGGACCAGAACAAAGAAAAGAUGAGGAAACUUGGCAACUUAGAGACGUAAUAUUUUUGGAAGAUACACGCACUGUACCAGUGGGACGAGUGCUUAAAGUUGAUGGGGCGUAUGCAGCAGUUAGAUUUCCAUCAACUCAUACUAGAGAUCGCGAUGGGAACAAAGAUGCGGAUGAUAUUCUUCAAGAUUGUAGAUUAAUGAAAAAAGAUGAUCUGCAGGUUUUAAAAUCAACAGCAACGUUUAGAGCACCAGAUUGUUUCCAAAAAACACCACGUAAAAUUCAAAUAUCAGAUAACUCGGGACAAAUUUUAACUGUUGCUGUGGACGCACAAGGAAUCCACGCCGUCGUUCGUACAGCUACAAAACUUUCUUACGUCGUUUACAACAUUUGUAGCGGAAGGGUUGAAGUUGACAAUCCAUUUCCUAGCGAUACAGCCGCUUUUAUGGGCUUAUAUCCCAGUUAUAUUCAUUUAUGUUGUGCUGCAGAGAGUAACGAAACCAUUUUAAUUUUGCGCGAUGGAAACAACACAAUUUAUCCUCUAGCAAAAGAUUAUGCAGAAGCAAUCAGGGAUCCUCAAGCUUUAGAUUUACCACCGAUUCGGUCAGUUGGCGCUGGAACUGUUGUUCUUGGAGGAACUGCCCCGAAUAUGAAAAAUCAAGUCGCUAUUAUUCUUUUUGCUUUAGAACAACAGCUGCUGAUGCCGAAAGUAUUAAGAUGUGACUUGGAAGGAUCCAGACAAAUUUUGGCUCAGUUAGAAGUCGAUAGUAAAAAUAAUCCAAGUAUAAUUCAUAAUUUAUUAAACGAACGCUGUGAUGGAAAUAGAAACAUUUUCCAUGCAGUUGUUAACAUGUGUACACCAACAUCAAAUAAAGAAUCCGAUAAUAUAGAUACUCCACCACCACCAACAACAAAUUCUACACCAGGUUUAGAAUGUAUUAACGUAAUAACAAACGCUGUGGGAGCUCGUUCAGUUUCACUACGCGAUAUGAUGCGGCGCGGUGUUCGCCCUGAAAGAGAAAUAAAUAAUUCUAAUGGCGAGCAGCAUUCCUUUGUCCAAGAAGAGCCUAUUCCAACGCAUUCUUGGCCGCCAGAGUCUUUUGAUGUAACGUCUGGUGAUGAAGAUAGUUUGAUGGGAUUAGGAAGUAGCUCAGCAAAUAAAACAAACGUUAACAGCGUUCCAAUACCACCUGUGAACUCGGUAACGGAUCCUUCUGAGCGCAGAUCCAACGCGAUGAAUAUUCUAAGGGCUUUGCUAUAUGAAUCUGCUGUUUUAACACCUCACCUUAUAGAAAUGUUAUGCGCUAAAGAUGCUCAAGGUCAAACACCGUUUAUGUUGGCGGUUUCAUCUAGAUGUUAUCCAGCCGCUUUAGAAUUAUUUGAUAGAAUUAUGCAAGUCGGAACGCCAAGUGAACAGGAAGAAAUGAUAUUUCCAAAAGGAUCUAACCCAGAUCAUUCCCCGUUACACGUUUUGUGUUGUAAUGACACUUGUAGUUUUACUUGGACUGGAGCUGAACAUAUUAAUCAAGACAUUUUCGAAUGUAGAACAUGCGGAUUAACUGGAUCUUUGUGUUGCUGUACAGAAUGUGCUCGAGUUUGUCAUAAAGGUCACGAUUGUAAACUAAAGAAGACAUCGCCAACUGCUUAUUGCGACUGUUGGGAGAAAUGCAAGUGUAAAGCGUUAGUUAUGGGAAAUCAAGCGGCGCGUUAUGAGUUACUCGAUAAAUUAGUUAGAGAUACUAGUUUGGUUGUAGCCCCAAAUUCAAGGGGUGAAAAUAUUUUGUUGUUUUUAGCUCAAACUGUUGGUAGACAAAACCAUGAACAGAGGCAAUAUAGAGCUGCAAGACCAAGAACAGCUUCAGCUAAUUCUAGAAAUAAAACACCUUCAUCUGAUGUUGAAGUUGAUGUACCAGAACAUGAUUUAGAACCACCGCGCUUCAGUAGAAAAGCUUUAGAACAUUUAUUAAAAGAUUGGAAGGCUGUUCAAAGUAUGAUAAUGACCGGUACAAAAGAACAAAGAGAUCCAUCUUCUGUUGAACAGCAGUAUAUUGGAAAUCAAUCUGGAACAACUUUGCUCGAUAAAUUCACUCACAGCUUAUUGGUAAAAUGUUACAUCGAAGCGUUAGAACGAUUAUUAGAAACGCUCGUAAGAGAAUUAAAGAAACCGGACGCGAAACACGUUAAAAGUGUCAUGGUUGUCGCGAGACGUUUUGUAAGAUCGGUUGUUAGAAUCUUUGUGAUAUUUAAUAUUGAACUUGCACCAGUGCCUAAAAAGAGAGCCUUUUCCAACAGCCCUAAUACACCCAUCGGUAAAUGUCGGAAAGUUUUUCGUUCCCUUGUUACAAUAGCAAUACAAGAAUUAUGUGAAACUGCCGAUUCUUUAAUUGCUCCAGUACGUCAUGGAGUUGCAAAACCUACAGCGCCAUUUUCCUUAGCAACUGCAAUUGCAGAUAUUGUCACAAGUUCUGAAGAACUAUUUCUAGUCGAUCCUUUAGCACCACCCGGUGCUCGCAGUCCAGCUAAUAACUCAAAUAUCUCCACAAACGAACCCCUUCCGUUUUUAAGCGAUGGCGUUCGACUAGCACCCACAUCCGCUCGCGAUUUAGAUGACACAAACGAUGGCGAAAGUAUGGCCAUUGAUAACGACGAUGAUAACGCAUCUGAACACGCUGACGGUCCUGGUUAUCGUGAAAUUCCAAUCGUACGUUCUGAUAACCAAGACGCACCAGCUGAACAACCGGAAGGAAACGCCGGUCAGGCUGAAGAUAGUGAUCCCGAAUUGGAUUUGCUGGCUGAAGCGGAAACCGAGUCCGACAGCGAUGACAAUCACAGUAAUCAGGACGCGGCAUCCGCACAGCGUUCCGUUCAAACGGGAGCUACGGCUGGAUCCGAUACAGGAAUGUUACUCUUCCCUGAAGAUGAAAGUGGUGAAUCAAGUCAACAAGAAGAAGAAGAAAGUGAGGCAGGUGAAACUGACGAACAAGAUACGGAAGAUUAUACAUUAACAGACGAACAAUUGGAGAGAAGGAGAAGCCGUUACAGUAAUGCGACCGGCCACGGCCCGCGAACGAAUCUUGCGCCACUCAACAUGCAAUGGGCGAUACGCUCGCGGGACGCUUCAAGAUCGGCCGGCGUGAGGAUCACCGGGACAGGAUCAAACCUCGUCUUCAUCGAUCCCAGCUCUUUGAGACGUUCAACAACUGGAAGUACCGCCGUCGCAGCGAGUACGGAACCCGUUACGAUGGCCACGACUGCGAGUUGCCUUUCUCGAGCUUUUGGUAUCGUCAUUCGACAAAUUUCUGAUUUGUUGUCUUUAAUGCAAGAUUUACCACAAAUACCUCCUACACCCUUUGCUCAUUUGGAUAUCACUCAGGAAGAUAUUUUCAAUAUUCAAGUUUAUUUAGAGUUCCGCCUUAAAGAUACAUGGGAUUGGCUUUUAACAGUCAUGGAUUCCACGGAGGCUCAACUUAGAUUUGGAGCUUCUUUAACACAUUCAUCAGAUAUAGCUCAUCCUGGUCACCCAGUUAACACUGGAACUAGUUCAGCUGGUUUAGUACGCGGUGGGAGGGCCCAAAUAACAACAACCUCUUCCAGUGGAUCAACAAGAAUCGUUGGAUUUGCAGCAAACGUUGAAAAUUCGCGAUCACGAGUUGAUCGAGAUGGUGUUGAUACUUCAGCCGCUCGAAGAGAAUUCUUAUCAUAUUGCUUAUCUUUGAUGAGAUCCCAUAAUGGAGAGCACUUGGAUUCAUUGCCCAUCUUAGAUGUCUCAGCAUUAAAACACGUUGCGUACGUUUUUGACGCUCUAAUUUAUUAUAUGCGAUCUGGAACGAAUACAGAUGCUAGUGAAACGGAAUCUUUACGCGAUGGUCAUCCUUUACCGCAAUGGAAUGAUCAAGAUGAGAAUGAAAAUGAAGAAGGUGAAGAAGAAAUUCCAGUUGCCAUGGAAACUGAAUCCUUGGAUGAUCAAGAAGUUUCAAAUAUUGCGAAUAUGUCGAAUAAUUUAAAUACUUCAUCUUUAUCAUUAUCUGGAAAAGGACGAAAACACCCUUUCUUUCAGAGAUCCGAAUCAACACUUUGUUUAGGUUGUCCACCACCAGAUCCUUUUGAAACCCCAAUGGCUGAAGCUUUACCUUUAGCCGAUCAACCACACUUACUCCAACCAAACGCAAGACGAGAGGACCUUUUUGGAAUCCCAAAACAACCAAUCGCUUUAACGCCGACCGGCCCUAAUUCAAGUAACCCUCUAGAAUCCUUACCUGACCGAUUAAGUCUUUCAUCAAGAACUUCAGACUUUGCCAUGUCACAACCGAUCCGAGCAAAUCAUCCGAUAUCGUCUUCCUUCAAUGUGAUGGGACCAAAUCCCCUGCACUAUCCUCAGAGUUUUGCCGACGGUGACAAUGAUGGUAGCGGAACCGUUCCACAACAGGUAAAAGAAGCCCAAGUUCAAACGGAACAAGCCACUGCUGGACCAAGUACGAGUUCUGGUGAUUUGUUGGUGACGAGAAAAAUGAAAAAAUACAGAUAUCUUUAUACAAAAUUAGAAAAUCAUGGUGAUGUUAAUGAUGGUCCCCAAGAUUUGUCAUGUGGAAGAGAUGUAGCCAUGAUUAAUGAAAGCAGUGGGGAUGGAAUUAAAGAAGAACCUGGUCAAUUAUCAUCAAGGCCUCAAAUUAUUGUUUCUCCAAGGAAACCACCGGAUUCAAAACAUGGUGGCCACUCUAUUCCUUUAUUUUCUGGAGAUAUGACUUCAGAUUUUAUUAUACAAAAUAAAGUUAGUUGUGUUCCUAUUGGGAAUACCGGAAAUAAUACAAAUAACGUGUCGUCUAGAAGUCCGAAUAAAAGUGUUAUAGUUAGAGCUGGAUCUUCAAGCCAAAAAGUUGGAGAUACUGAUAUAGUAAUGUGCGUAGAAAAUCAACAAACUGAGACACUUGAAAAUCAAGAAGAUCUUGAGAGCCAAAAAGUUGGAGAUACUGAUAUAGUAAUGUGCGUAGAAAAUCAACAACCUGAGACACUUGAAAAUCAAGAAAUAUCUGCAAAUGUUACUGUUUUAACCACACCUAAUACAGCAUCUACCUCCGAUUUGCUGAGACCAUCAAUUGGACAAUCUGUAUCGCAAGAUUUAUUGCUGGGAAGAUGGCGAUUAUCUUUGGACUUAUUUGGGAGAGUUUUCAUGGAAGAUGUUGCAUUGGAACCAGGUUCUAUUGUCUCAGAAUUGGGCGGGUUUCCCGUUAAAGAAGCAAAGUUUCGAAGAGACAUGGAAAAACUCAGGAAUAACCAACCCAGGGAUUUAACUCUAGCAAAGAUGGAACGUGACAGAACACAAUUAAUCUUACAAACAUUCAAAGAAUUAAACACUCAAUAUAGCACAUAUAGUCGAAGAUCGUCUGCUUCACAACCACCUUUAGCAGUAAACAGAGUAAAGGUUACCUUCAAAGAAGAACCUGGAGAAGGAUCUGGAGUGGCUAGAAGUUUUUAUACCGCAAUAGCUGAAGCACUUUUAGUAAACGAAAAAUUACCAAAUCUCGAAUCAGUUCAAAUCGGCACGAAAUACAGUCCUCACUAUAGCGUUCUUCAACGAUUAAGAAGAGAUCGUGACUUUUUACGACGACCAUCACCCAUGGGUAGAGGGUCGUCGCGAAGUCGUGAACAUCACUAUCGACGAACGAUGAGCGUCGAUGCAAGACCUUUUAUUCCAAGUGACACAAUUACAGAAAAUCCUUCAAUGCCCGAAUUGGGUAACAUUAUUAUCGGUUUGUGCUUAGCCUCAUCUGGAAAUACAAACGGCGGACAAGCUACACCUGUUCCAAACCGUAAUGAACAUUUAAAUACUCAUCAACAACAAUUAGGAGAACGACUUUAUCCAAAAGUUUAUAAUUUACAUCCAACAUUUUCUGGUCGCAUAACCGGUAUGCUUCUUGAGUUAACGCCAGCUCAAAUUCUUCUUUUAUUGGCUUCGGAAGAUUCGCUUAGGGGUAAAGUUGAGGAGGCGGUUGAGAUGCUUCUCGCGCACUCACAACCUCAACAAGAAAUCGCUUCGGAAGCGCUUUUGGACAACGUUGUUGUUGACACGUUUUACCCGGCAGAUAGGAACUGUUCAAGGAAAUCAAAUCGUCCCGGUUCAGAUGCGGGCGAAGACAGUUCUACAACAGAUGACGAAGAUAACGCACCUUUAUUUUAUUGUCCCGGAAAACGGGGUUUAUACGCACCUCGACAAGGAAAAGGAUCAUACGAAAGGAUUAAUGCUUUUAGAAAUGUUGGAAGAUUGCUCGGAUUAUGUUUGUUACAAAACGAAUUGUGUCCAAUAUUUUUAACUAGACACGUUUUGAAAUAUAUUUUGGGACGUCCUGUAAAAUUCCAUGAUCUGGCUUUCUUUGAUCCAGUUAUGUAUGAAUCUCUUCGACAAUUAGUCGUAAACGCUGAGACGAAAGAUAACGGAUUAUUUACUGCUUUGGAUCUCAACUUUAGCAUCGAUUUGUGUGCUGAAGAAGGAGGCGGAUCUUAUGAAUUAAUGCCCGGCGGUAAAGAUAUGGAGGUCACUCCUUCAAACGUUUAUGAUUAUGUCAGAAAAUAUGCUAAGUAUAGAAUGGUGAAAGCACAAGAAAAAGCAAUUGAGAAUAUUCGAACCGGAGUUUUUGAUGUUCUUCCUGAAGGAUCUUUAGAUGGAUUGACCGCUGAAGAUCUUAGAUUAUUAUUGAAUGGUGUAGGAGAUAUAAAUGUUGCAGUUUUAAUAUCUUACACAUCUUUUAAUGAUGAAUCUGGGGAGAGCAGUGAAAGAUUGGUUAAAUUUAAACGAUGGCUGUGGUCAAUUGUAGAAAAAAUGUCUCAUUUAGAACGACAAGAUUUGGUAUAUUUUUGGACUGGUUCACCAGCAUUACCAGCAAGUGAAGAUGGUUUUCAACCAAUGCCAUCAGUGACAAUCCGACCAGCAGAUGAUGGUCACUUGCCAACAGCAAAUACAUGUAUUUCCCGCCUUUACAUCCCGUUGUAUAGCAGCCGAAGCGUGCUAAGACAAAAACUUCUGCUCGCGAUUAAAACGAAAAACUUUGGGUUUGUGUGAUUCGCGCUCGCACGACCGUUAGUGUUUUUUGACUUCGUUCGACGAGAAAAAGAAAGAAAGAAAAAUACAGCAUCACGAGAUGUAUCAUUUCGCAUCAUGUCUUUUUGUAAUUACACGUACAAAGUUGCGUACAUUAAAAUUGAAACGUUACUUUGAGACUUUGGUCGAAUUCCUCUUCCGGCGCGGAUGGAAAACGAUCUUGAAUCGUGUACAUAAUGGCGCGUUUUUUUUUGAAACUCGAAAAAAAGGAAAAUGGCAACACUAUGAUAUGUAUAUUAUUAUAAUAAUGUAGACCAUAAAUGGACUUUGUUUAUUUUGUUAUAGUUGACUUAGAUUUAGUGUCGUUUCCCCCUUUUUUUAAUUUAAUUUGUUCAAGUAAUGAUUUCGAAUUUUCUCCAAUUUCGAAAAUUUUUGAAACGAUGUGAAACGCAUACCCAUUUUUUUAAGGUUUUUAUUCACAGGGUUAUUACACUUCUUGUUUAAUUGAAUUGGUUUUUUUUUCUAAACGCUUGUGUUAAAAAAUAUUUUUUUGACCAAUAAAAGUUAUACUAUCAAUAAUAA